CUCCCGAUAGCCCCCAAGGCAAUCUUAUCUUGCACCUCCACAAGUUGCCUUUUGUUGGCAUGAGACUCUUGUCACAGUCUCAUGGAGAGUUCACAAACAAGAUCAACAAAAGCUCUGCUCACCUAUCUCUAGUUCAUGUUGACGCCUCAAACUACCGAGGAGCCUACGGAGCAGGCUCCCCUGUUAGGCCCGCAUGGGGGCGACGCCAUACAGGAUGUCACUCCCACCCCUUUAUCCCCCGCCCACCUGCGUCUCCUUCUCCUCGUGUGCAUCUCCAUUGUUGCCGCCGACUUUGGAAACUCUCUCACUUUGGCCCCGCAAAUCUCAAUCUUUGAAUCGCUCAUCUGUCGCCGAAUCGGGGCGGGCGAUGAUUGCAAGGCCCCCGAAGUACAAGGGGAAUUGGCUUUGUUGAUCGGAUGGAAAGAGACCAUUGACCAGUUACCUGGCAUUAUCUUUGCAUUGCCAUAUGGAAUCGUGGCUGAUCGGAUCGGCCGCAAGCCCAUCUUGGUACUCUGCUUGAUCGGUCUCGUGCUGGAAGAAGUCGCUAUUCGCUUGGUCUGUUGGUGGAAUGUCGCUUUACCCAUUCGAAUGAUCUGGGCGACACCCGUCUUUCAGGUCAUUGGUGGCGGAUCACAGACAGCGACGGCCAUGGCCUAUGCCAUGAUUACAGACGUGGUUCCCAUGGAUCGGCGGGCAUCCAUCUUCUACAUAACGGCCGCAGUGAUUCUGCUUGGUGAAAUCCUUGCCACACCAAUCAGUGCCUUUCUCAUGACAUGGAGCCCAUGGGUUCCGUCAUUGUUGGGGAUAGUUUUCCAGCUAGGAGGCCUGCUGGGGGCAGCUCUGGUCUCCGAGACACAUCCCGACCCGACUUUGAAUUUUGAGGAAGUUUAUGAAUCCGAAAGCUUGCUGGAUGAUAGUGAUGGGACUGAGGUCGAUGAUAAUGAACCUGCGUACCACAAAUUUGGGUAUCAGCGGGUGAGAGAUACGGUGACAGAAUACUGGAUUCAUGUCCAAACUACGCACAGAAAAGGAUGGGACUUCAACAUGGCCUUUGUCGUACUUACAUUCCUCCUGGCCAGCAUCGGGAAGCAAGCGUUUCAACUGAUCAUCCCAUACGCCUCGAAGCGCUUCUCAUGGAGUAUUGCGCGAGCCAGCUUCCUCAUUACCUUGAAGGGGACCAUCAACCUCAUCACCCUACUCCUGAUUCUCCCACGACUGUCUACAUGGCUGAGUAGGCAAAUGUCUUGGUCUCCAGCGGUCAAAGACCUUCGCAUUGUCCAAGGAAGCGCAUGGAUUCUUACAUUAGGCAUGACUCUCAUGGGCUUUACCGCUCUCCCCGAGUUAUUCAUUUCUGGUUUGUGCUUGUUUGCCCUUGGGUGGGGUUUCUACUCGGCGCUGCGGAGCUUGGCCACAGCAUUGGUAUCCCCGUCGCAGGUUGGAGUAUUGAAUUCUGGUAUUGGUCUGGCGCAAAGCUUAGGCUCACUGGUGGCAGGCCCCAUCCUAGCUACAGCGUUUGGACAUGGUCUCCGACAGGGUGGUCUGGGGAUGGGCUUGCCAUACAUGGUGGCUGCAACAUUGUUGUUUAUGGCCAGUUGCUUGACCUGUGUGAUUCACAUCGCGGGAGAAAAGCGUAGAGUAUGAGGGAAUAGAUCUCACACCAAAGACACGUGAACCCUUAAUUGACCAGAAAUAAGACAUAGCGAAAAGCAAAAGUUUUCUAGCGCAGUCAACAAGUCUAGAAGCUCGACAAAUUUAGAAUUAUCUCGAUCGUCA